AUGUGCAAGGCCCACUCGCUAGAACUGAAGACAUUUAUGGAAAAUAAGUUAUCAUUGAAGUUAAAUGGAGGCAGAUAUAUACAAGGAAUAUUGCAGGGCUUUGAUCCCUUUAUGAAUCUUGUGACUGACAAAUAUGUGAAGAUGGCAAUUAGUGGGCAGCAGAAUAAUAUUGGAUGGAUAACAGGAAAUAGCAUCAUCAUGUUAGAAGCCUUGUAAAGCAUCAAAACCAUAGUUCUUCAGUAGAAG